UGACAAGUGCAGUAUUAAGUUAAUAAGUUAAAAAAAGAUAAAUUUACUGACAAUUGGAUGAGUUUAACUACCAAGAACUGGAAUACUUUGCCAAGAGCUGGAACAAUUUACCAAGAACUGAAUAGCAAUAUAAAAUACAAUUGUAGAAAAACACAACUCAUACAAUAAUUUGUGAUAAACAGUCAUAUCUGAAAAUGGUUCAAUAUUUAGCGCAAGUACCUAGGUAUUCAUGCAGAAUACUUGCACUCUUUAUAUUAAUGAUUUUAAUUUUGAUUACUACAUUUAAGAUUAACAAUUUUGAUGAGUAUGUAAGCAAAGAUGUAAAUUUUCUGGAUUCCAAGCUUCUGAAAAACCCAAGCAGGGAAAAGUCUGAACUGUCUACGAAGGUUAAUUCGGGAACAGCUUCAGUGAAACGAGAAGGUGGCGACAAAAAUCCAAUCAAUUCUAAAGACAGUCUUGAAUUUAAAACCGAUGGGAAUUCCACUGGCAGACGUAAUAUUGCACAAAUCCCCAUUGACGUAAGGGUUAAAAAACUCCCUGGGGCCAUAAUCAUUGGAGUGCAGAAAUGUGGAACUGGGGCUCUCAAGACAUAUUUGAAUCUCCAUCCGAAUAUCAGAGUUGCAAGAGGUGAACCCCAUUUCUUUGACUUAAAAAUUAAUCACAAAGCACAAUUCCAAGAGGAAAUGAAAAGGUAUCUCAAACUCCUCCCAAAGGCAUUCCCAAACGAAACGGUCCUCGAGAAAACGCCGAAAUAUUUUGACAUGAUUGACCCACAUGACCUAUAUAGAAUGAACCCUGCUUUGAAGCUGAUUCUUCUGGUUUGUGACCCCGUGAGAAGGGUAAUGUCAGCCUACUUACAUAACAUUUUCAUCGGCAUGUAUUCGAAACAUAAAUCAUUCGAAAAGUACGUAUUUGAUAAAAAUGGUCAAGUUAUUCCAACAGCGGAGAUUGUACGUAGAAGUAUAUAUGAUGAACCACUGAAAAGAC